AUGUCUCCUGGACGUCAGUCGAUUCAUAAAAACAAAACCCCAAGUAACAUUGUGAUUGGAAACCCUCGGGUCGCCAAACGCGUGAAGGCCCCCGGGAAACCAAAACCAGGUCAGAAGCCUCUCAAGAAGGGUUCUCCCAAGAAGACAAAAGAGUCAACUUCGUUCAUCACACCUCAACAGUCUACACCUCAACAGCCUACUCUACUGGAGCAUAGAACCUGGAAAUGGGAUUUUGAUGUAUCAUAUGUAGGGAGAUUCUCUCUUGAUAAGCCGAAUAUACCUAUGAGGAGACCAUGGCCUAUCCUAGCAGAGGCUAUCAUGAAACCUAGUCAGGUUCCUGAUGGCUGGACUUCUGACGAGCCUGAUCUUGAUCCUGAGAACGUUGAUGCUCAGAUCGCCCGGUGCCAUGAGCGGAUUCAAGAGAACAUUCUGCCAUACAUCUUCGAGCUAAGGCUAUUGGAUCUGCAGAAAAGAAAGAUCGCUCGCGAUGCGAUGAUGGCCGCAGAGCUGGGGCUUCCUUGGGAAACUGUACAGCAACUGGAUGAUCUCAAAGGUACCAUGGAAUGGCUCCGGGAGAAAGGAGACGAGUGGUCCAUGAUACCGACGUUGGAUGCUAUUAUGACAGCAUAUAGAUCAGGCCGGUUGGCCUGUCAUCCAGGCUUAGUCACCUACUGGUCCAAUGGAGUACAGCUGUGCCAACCCAGACCAUUUGAUUGGGAUGAAGUCAACUUCAUAAUGGAACAAGAAGAUUUAAAAAGAGGAUUUUGGGUCGAAAGGGCCCAUAUAUCAAGUUUGAACGUAUCUACCUCCGUCAUUCUGGCUCCAGAGCGAAGCAGGGUAGCUGUAAACAUGCCGAUAUGCAUCAGACUCCCACAUCAAGCACCAGAAGAUUACUUCGAGCUUGAUUUUCUCAACGAUACGGGAGCUGAUAUCAUGUUGAUAUUUGCCGAUGACUUGACUGCUCUUGAAAUAGGUCAUUUUGGCAGCACAAGCCGGAGAGACCCGGACACAGGAUUUCCUGCAAUCCGAUCGCAGCCCCUGGGCGUUCUAAUUUUCACCACAGCAAACGGUCAGAGGUCGCGCAGCUAUGUAUACUCUAUAAUGGUCAACUUGUUUAACGGGAAACAUGAGCUUUGGCUACCAGAGUGGAUACAGGUUGAGUGUGUUGCGAUGUCUGCCCCAGGUGGUGAUGAAGGUCUUCGUGGUCAUAUGCGUCAUCGUCUCAAUGGGCCGUUCCUGCGAUAUAUGCUCUUCACUGCCACAUGUCCGAAUAACGAGGGUAAGACUUAUUUGUUUGAUUCUAAAGAAUUCGUCCAAUUGGUCCAGCGCCUAUGA